UGAAAUCUAUACUCAAUCUCACCCGUUCAUUCUCACCCUCGCCUUUUCUCUCAAUUCAAACUUCACACACACUUUUAUCUUUUUGUAACACUGAACAGAAAGAGAAAGACAACAACUCAACAAAAGAGUGAGCCAGCGAGAGAGAGAGAGAGAGAGAGAGAGAGAGAGAUGUUUCCCGGAAUUGAAAUCCAGUAGUUUCUCAGUAUUCGUUUUCCACUAGAAACCCUAAAGAAAAAGUAAACAAACAAAAUCAAAAUCCAGCUGAGAUCAACUAGUCAAGAAAAGAUUUUACUCAAACGAAAUCUACAGAUUUUGUUCUUCAAUUCCACUUUCAGGAUGUUGAGAGAUUUCAAAUUCCUGCGUCGAAAUUCUGGGAAACAAAAUGAAGAAAUUGAGAAUGUACCUAUAAACCCUAGAGAUUCAUUUGUGAGUAGUCAAACCAGCGUUGACUCAUCAUCAUCAUAUAGGCCACCAUUAAACACAAUUCAAGACCCUAGAUUUGAACAAGAAGCUAGCUUAGCAACUCGAGCUAGAAUUGACAGAACCCCAACAAAAUCUAAACCUAAAAAUGCUGACUCCACUUUGCCUCUCCGUACUCCAGAUAAGCAUGGUAAACACCGAUUCGGUUGGGCUCAGAGGAAUAGUAACGAACCUAACUCCAAUCACAGUGAUGAAGUGAGGACUGAUAUGAAUAAUUAUUUGAGUCGAGGGGGUUCGAUGACUAGUAUGACUCCAAGGUCGACAAGGACAAUAGGGAGGGCUAAUUCCGGUUAUUCUGAGAGUAAUUCUACGCAAAGUACACCUACUAAGAGUGUUUCUAAGCCUCCCGUGAGUUCAGGGUUUCGGAAUAAGCUUGAUGGGAGUAAUGGAGGUGGUCGUGGAGGGAAUUUUGCUGCGCUGUACAGAGGGGUUCCGGUUUCUGGUGGUGGUUUGAUUAGCACUGUUGUUAAUUCUGUUGACGUGCCUCAUUUUGAUCUUAAAGAAGAUCCAUCAUUUUGGAUGGAUCAUAGUGUACAGGUUCUUAUACGUGUGCGUCCUCUCAAUAGCAUGGAGAAAAGUAUCCACGGGUACAACAGAUGCUUGAAACAAGAAAGUGCCCAAAGUUUAACUUGGAUUGGGCAACCAGAAACUCGCUUCACAUUUGAUCAUGUAGCAUGCGAAACAGUAGAUCAGGAAAUGCUUUUUAGGAUGGCUUGUCUCCCAAUGGUUGAGAAUUGCUUAUCUGGAUAUAAUAGCUGUAUGUUUGCUUAUGGUCAGACUGGAAGCGGGAAGACAUACACAAUGCUCGGUGAAAUUGAUGAUUUAGAAGUCAGGCCCAGCCCACAUCGUGGAAUGACACCAAGGAUAUUUGAAUUUUUGUUCGCCAGGAUUCAAGCUGAAGAAGAAAGUCGGAGGGAUGAAAGACUAAAAUAUAAUUGCAAAUGCUCUUUCUUAGAGAUUUACAAUGAACAAAUUACUGACCUCCUUGAUCCCUCAUCUGCCAAUUUGCUACUGAGAGAGGAUGUCAAGAAGGGUGUCUAUGUAGAAAAUCUCUCAGAAUUUGAAGUUCAAACUGUGGGCGAUAUUCUGAAGCUAUUGACUCAGGGUUCUUUGAAUAGAAAAGUUGCAGCAACGAAUAUGAAUAGAGAGAGCAGUAGGUCACAUAGUGUCUUUACAUGCGUUAUUGAAAGUAGGUGGGAAAAGGACUCCACAACUAACCUAAGGUUUGCUAGAUUGAACCUGGUUGAUCUUGCCGGUUCAGAAAGGCAGAAGAGUUCAGGUGCAGAAGGUGAGCGUCUAAAGGAAGCUGCAAAUAUUAACAAAUCAUUGUCCACAUUAGGUCAUGUAAUCAUGAUUCUAGUUGAUGUGGCAAAUGGCCGGCCAAGGCACAUUCCUUACAGGGAUUCAAGGCUGACCUUCCUUCUUCAGGACUCACUUGGUGGAAAUUCGAAAACAAUGAUCAUUGCUAAUGUCAGCCCUUCUAUCUGCUGUGCAGCUGAAACACUUAACACACUAAAGUUUGCUCAGCGAGCAAAACUUAUCCAGAACAAUGCUGUGGUGAAUGAAGAUUCCACUGGGGAUGUCAUUGCGCUACAGCAUCAAAUACGGCUUCUUAAGGAGGAGCUCUCUCUCCUAAAACGUCAGAAUGUCUCUAGGUCUUUGUCUUUUGAUUCAACCGUCAAAGGUACAAGUCAAGUACAAGAUGCUGCUUUCAGGGACAAUAUAUACGAAACAGAUCAACAGCAGGUCGAUGGAUUGCUUGGUUUUGAAUCGAAAGGCAUCGUUAGAAUGUCUACUAAGCAGUUGAAAUCUCUGGAGACAACACUUGCCGGUGCAUUGAGAAGAGAGCAGAUGGCUGAGACUUGCAUCAAAAAACUUGAAGCUGAAAUUGAGCAGCUGAAUCGUUUGGUUCGUCAAAGAGAGGAAGACACCAGGAGCACCAAAAUGAUGCUCCGAUUUCGGGAAGACAAAAUUCAAAGAAUGGAGUCACUUCUUGGUGGUUCAUUACCUCAAGAUACUUAUUUGCUUGAAGAGAAUAGAGCACUCUGUGAAGAGAUUCAGCUGCUUCAAGCUAAAGUGGAUAAAAAUCCAGAAGUAACGCGAUUUGCAUUGGAGAAUAUUAGACUUUUGGACCAACUUAGAAGAUUUCAAGAAUUCUAUGAAGAAGGGGAGAGAGAGAUAAUCUUGGAUGAAUUAUCUAAACUUCGGGAGCAGCUUAUUCAUUAUCUUGAUGGGAAAUCUUUGCCGCAUUGCUAUCCAAAAGUAAAUGGCCAACCACAGGAUGCUACGUGCAUUGCCAAUGAAGACAGUUCCCUUCACUUAGAGCUAAAGACUGCCCUCAAUGAAUUAGAGGACUGCAGGCGUAACCUCAAUUCUUGCUUAGAGGAGAACCAGAAACUAAGCAGAGAAAUAAAUAGUCUGCAAUUAAUGUUGGACAAUCUGAAUUCUACCACCCAGAAUGAAACCAUUAAGGAUUCUUCAGAAGCUCUAACUUCUGAACUUGGCCCACUUAUGGAAGUUCAAAAUGAGGCGGAGAGCAUGCACGACUUUUCAACAAUGAAGCAUGCAGCAGAAAUUUUGGAUUUACAGCUGGAAUUGGACAUAUUAAAGAUGGUUCUCAAAGAAGAGAGAUCAUCUCGUGGUGAAGCAGAGGAAAGGACAACAUGCUUGGGUAGAGAACUUGAGCUGGCCCAAGAAAGGCUUCUGUUUUUAAGCAGACAAUGUGAAGAUGCCACUCGGGAAAUGAAGGAGGCAAAGUCAGUUGUUGAAGCCCUUGAGUCUGAGCAAACACUAGCAAUAAAUGAAAUAGAAGACCUGAGAAAAAGCAGCAGUCAUUAUGUGGAGCUUUUGAGUGAAAAAGAUCUUAAAAUAACAGCUUUAACAGAGCAACUUUCUACAAAGGAAUUCUUAGAUUACCCAUCUAACCAAUCAAAGGGCGAUGACUCCACAUUACAGACAAAAUUGAAGAGGAUGCACGAUUCCCUUGAGAAGGCCAAGAGACUGAAUAAGUGGUACCAAAAUGAUCGCACCUUUCAGGCAACCAAUGAAGAAGAAAUGGAUGCAAUCCGUAGGCAGGCAGAAGGUGAAACUGCCGAGGUUAUUGUCUGCAUGCAGGAAGAACUAUCCAUUCUUCAGCAGCAGGUCCAUGAUUGCCAUUCGAAAGAAAUGGAGACUAAAAGGGCUGUGGUGCUUCUAGAAACUGAAAUGAAGGAGCUGCAAGAAAAGUUGCAUCUCUUAACUGAAGACAAUGAACAGUUACAUGGGAAGCUAAAGGGUAAAGAGGUAGAACUCAGAAAAGUAUCUGAUGAAUGGGAAUUUUUGGCCUGUGAGAUGGAAGAAAUUCUUGCAGAUGGGCGAGAUACACUUACAGACGCCUCUGAUCAGCUUGACCUUAUCUCCAGUACCUUUCCAGAGAAAAGAAUUUGGAUCUCUGAACAGGUUGGCAGGCUAGUAAGAAUCAUCUCUGAAAAGGAGUUGCUGAUUGAAGAACUUGGCAAAUGUUUAGAAGAUGCAAACAAUAAAAGAAAUGAUGUAGAUUGCAUGCUUAAGUCUUUGAGAGGAGCAGCACUAGUAAUCAAUGAAGCACAUCAGCAGGAGUGCAAUGAAAAGGAAAAAGAAAUUAUCCUACUGAAUUCUCUGUUAAAAGCAAAAAUAUCUACCAUCGCAGAGCUGGAGGACAAGGUAAAGGCGGCAGAAUUUCAUGCUAGUAAAGCAUCAGUUUGUGCAACAGCUGCUUUUGUGAUAGUGAAUAGGCUAUCAGAAGUGAAUGUUAAUAAUCUUAAUAAAUUGAAGUACAAGGAUGUCCAACUUGGUGAAUCAACAAAAUGUAAUCAGAAGAAAGACGCCCUUCUAAAUGUCCAGGCUGCUGCUAUCAAAGAGGCAGAGGAAGAGAGCCAGUCUUUGAGAAUGGAACUAGUAGAUUUGAGAGAGACAAAUUCUGAACUUCAACAGCGACUAUUGAUGGAGGAGAAACGUGCCAAUGGUAUGGAACAAAAGCUUGAAGCGCUUGAAGAGAAUGACAUUUUGAAGACAAGAGAGAAACUAACUGAGUUGCAAAUUGGCGUAUCCUCACUCAGGUCAUGCAUGAGCAUUCCUUUAAAGCAUGGCGUAAGUCCUGAAAUGGAUGAAUCAGAGGGAACUUGUUUGCCUCUUAACAGCAGCGAUGGACGGACAGAUGCUGGAGAGGACUUAAGAUCUGAUGUUCCUGAUUGUGCUCUUCAUAUAAGCAACAGUUCAUGCAGCACUUCCUGUGAUAAAAAGUACGAGUUCAUAAGGGCUUCCAAGAAUGUGUGUCAUCGAGAUGUUACCGUUAUUCUUCUCAAAAAGGAAAUAGAGUCUGCCCUUGAAAGCUUGCAACAGGUGCAAAUGGAGAUGGCAAAACUGCGUUGUGAGAAAGAAGAAUUAUUGUUGUCUGAGAAGCGUAGUCAAGAGAGCUUGAAAUGCUUCGUGCUUGCACUUCAAGCAGCUAUAAGUAACUUUGAAAAGGAGUUUGAACAGAAAAUAAAUAUUGUUAAUCGCAAGCUACAAGCAUUUGAACAAAUAGUCCAAGAAGCUGGAUCUUGUUGGUGCCAAACAAAAGAGUUUCUUGAGAUGGAAGUUGGUGAUGCGAAGAUAGUUGCAGCCCAAAAGGCAGCUGAAGCUUUUUGUAUUCUUGCCAAAUUUGAAGAGGCCCAAGAUACCAUGAAAGAAGCAGAUAUCAUGAUCAAUGGACUGAUUAUAGCCAAUGAAACAAUGAAACUUGAUAUUGACAGACUGAAACAGGUAGAAGUUUCAUUAACUAAUGAUAAGGAUAUACUGCUGAGUAAGGUUAGCAGCUUGCAAUCUACCAAUUCUGUCAAGGAUCUGCAAGUUGAAGACCUUGAAAAGCAGUAUGCCUUGAGCUUGAUGGAAAUGAAUAAGCUGGUUAUGGAGCUGGAGGGUAUAAUUUCACACGUCCAGUCUACUUUUCAGAAAAACUACAUGUCUGUGGUGUGUGAUUUUCAUUCUGUUAAAACUCUGGUUUUAGACUCACGAAAGCUGGUGCGGACAUGGCUUGAAGAUGUCUGGUCUGAGAUAAUCGUGAAGGACUGUGCUGUAUCAGUGCUACAUCUCUGUCAUAUGGGCAUAUUGUUGGAAACAGUAACAGGACUGAAUGCAGAAAAUGGUUUGCUUCAACAUGGCUUGUGUGAAUCAAACACCAUUAUUGCUGGUCUGAGGGAGCAUAAUUCUAGGUCAAGUAGAGAGCUCCAGAUGUGCAGAACUCUUAAGGGGAAACUACUGGCUGACAUUAAGAACAGUUUUGAUCGUAUCUUAAGGAAAGAAGAGGAAACUGGGGAGCUUAAUACCAGGAUAACUACUUUUGAGAAAAAGAUCUUUGACCUGCAGUUACAAGAGGAAAUAAUGUUACAGAGGUCUAAUUACAUGGGAUCUCAGCUUUCUAUUCUAAUGAAAGAUUUAGACUUCGGUAAUAGAAACAUUGAGUCCCUUCUUGGUCAAGAGAAAAUGCUGAAAGACAAUGAGGAGCUUCUAAAUUCUCAGGCUGAGCUUUUUAUGGUAGAAUUAUGCUCAAAAGACAUUGAGUCACUUGUAUUGGCAACACAGCUAGAAGAGAUGUCUUUUAAGAAAGAUGCAGCAAAGCGAGAGCAUAAUGAAUGUGGUUCUAUUCUUGAAUCUGUAAAGGAACAAAUGAUUCUUUUAAUGGUAGAUGGAGAGUUGAAAGAAGCAGUUUUAAUGGCUAAGGAUGCUGAGAUUGCUCUUCUUAAAGAAAAAGUUGCAGAAGCACUAUGGGAGGCUCAAUAUUUACAGUCAAGAAUUACAGAGAUGGAUGAGGUGAAUGAGGCUCUUGAACUUGAAAUUCAUCUGCUGAAGGAUGACGCUUGUUCAAAUGAUGCCUUGAAGGGUGAACUGGGUGAAGUUAAGGAAACUAAGGCAAGACUGAUGAACCAGAUUCAAGCACUUGAAACUGAAUAUGAAAAACUGCUAAAGGAGUUGAAAACCAAAGAAACAGCAUUGGAUUGUUCUUCCAGCCAUAUCUCUGUUCUUGAUCAACAAAACCAGAAGUCGCAGAUGGAAAUUCGCCUGUUGGAAACUUCAUCAAGCACACUUCAAACUGAGCUGGACGAUAAAGAUGCAGAACUCUGCAGGAUGAGCUGGUUAGAAGAGGAAAACGAGUCACUUAAAGGUGAGAUUUUGAAGUUGAAGACAGAGAAUAAUCUGGUUCUCAAAGAUUUGGAGAAGAGGAGUUCUGAAAUGGAAUCAUCUGUAUGCCAUAUAAACAUCACUGACAUGGAAAAUCAGAGGUUGCAAGAUAAGAUUUUCUCCUUGAACACUGUUAUUGCUGGUCUAGAGUCUGAUCUGAAAGUGAAAAAUGCUGAAGUGAAUGAACUCCUGCAAUCUCAAUCUGUUGCCAUGGCAGAUUUAAGCUCAAAAGGCCAGGAUUUGCAAAUAUUUGUCGACAAAGUGAAUACAUUCAAGAAUGAGAACAUUAGUUUGAGAAAUAAACUCAAGUCUCGUGAUAAAUUUAUGCAUGAGGCACUCAUCAGUGCAAGCUUGAACUCUAAGAAGUCUGUUGAUUCAGUGGAGAAUGUGGGCAUGGCUACUCAUAGAUUAUUUAAUGUACUGGAGAAAGAAGAAAACAUGGUUGGAGACAAAAUGUUUCAGGAGUUAUGUGAAGCAAUUGAGAUGACAUCUGAGUUCAUAAAAGAAAUCAAUUGUUUGGAGUGCCAAGCUAAAGAGCUGAUAUCUGAAAACAUGAGUGUUCAUGCCGAGCUAUUAAGGAAGGAUGACAUUAUGAAAGGCUUAUUGUUUGAUUUGAGCCUGCUGCAAGAGUCUGCAUCUAAUUCCAAGGAUCAAAAGGAUAAGAUUGAGGAAAUGAUGGCCUCCCUUGAGGCAUUAGAAGAUGAACUUGUUGCAAAGUCGAGUGAGCUUGAUGAGGCUAUUAUACAUAAUCAGAAGCUUGAAGCUCAGUUGCAGGAGAAGAUAGGAAUUAUCUCUGCUCUUGAGUUGGAUUUUAAAAAGGAAAGCAAGUCUUUGGAAAAGUCUUCUUCUGAAAAUCAGGAGCUGAGAACUCAAAUUGAAGAGGCCUUAGCUGCAAGAUAUUCGCUUGAGGAGGAGUUAAAUGAGAGAACUAAUUUGACAGAGAGCUUGGAGAUGGAACUCUCACAAAUGGGCAAUACUCUUGGUCAAAUGAAUGGUACAAUUGAGUAUUUACGGAGUGACUUAGAUGAACUUACUACCGAGAGAGACCAGCUUAAAGUAGAGAUCCAUAUUUUGAAAGAAAAGCUUGGAAACACACAGGCCUGGGCUGAAGAAAAUGAAGCUAUUGCAUUGGAGGCACAACAGAUAGCUGAAUCCAAGAAGAUAUAUGCUGAAGAAAAGGAAGCAGAGGUAAAGCUACUAGAGAGGUCCGUUGAAGAGCUAGAAUGCACUGUUAAUGUGCUGGAAAACAAGGUUGACAUUCUUAAAGGAGAAGCUGAUCGGCAAAGAUUGCAAAGAGAGGAGAUAGAAGAUGAGCUUCAUGCGCUAAAUCAUCAGAUGCAGAAUGUUAGAAGUGCUGACACUGACAUGAAAUGGCGUUUAGAUGAGAAGGAGAAAAACCUUCAAGAAGCCCUGAAGCAGUUACAAAUUCUUGAGAGGGAUAUAGCAGAAAAAGAUGCAGAGGUUGCCCAAUGCAAGGAACACAUAUCUGAGUUAAAUUUGCAUGCAGAAGCUCAGGCUAGUGAAUAUAAGCAGAAGUUCAAGUCCUUGGAAGCCAUGGCUGAACAAGUAAAACCUGAUGGCCAUUUCUCCCACACUACAAAUUCUUCAUCAAACAAGUUGGAGAAAAAUGCUGCCAAGUCUAGGGGAUCUGGUUCCCCUUUUAAAUGCAUUGGAUUGGGUUUGGCACAACAAAUAAAAUCUGAAAGGGAUGAGGAGCUUAGUGCUGCUAGGUUGCGUAUUGAAGAGCUAGAAUCCCUAGCAGUAUGUCGACAGAAAGAGGUAUUUGCACUGAAUGCAAGAUUAGCUGCUGCUGAGAGCAUGACACAUGAUGUUAUUCGAGAUUUAUUGGGAGUGAAGUUGGAUAUGACAAAUUAUGUGUCACUGUUGGAUAACCAGCAAGUGCAGAAGAUAGCAGAGAAAGCUCAACUUUAUAGCUCAGAACCUCAACCGAAGGAACAGCAGGAGGUUGUGAAGCUCAGAAAGCAGCUGAACGAGUUUAUUGAGGAGAGGCGAGGGUGGCUAGAGGAAAUUGAUCGGAAACAGGCUGAGAUGGUGGCAGCACAAAUAGCAUUGGAAAAACUUCGUCAAAGAGAUCAGUUACUUAAAACUGAAAAUGAAAUGUUGAAGAUGGAGAAUGUAAAUAACAAGAAGAGAGUGAUAGAACUUGAAGGUGAAGUAAAGAAGCUGUCUGGCCAGCAAAACAUCCAACAGCGGAUCCAUCACCAUGCAAAAAUCAAGGAGGAGAACAACAUGCUUAAAAUUCAAAAUGAAGAUCUCAGUGCGAAGCUGAAACGGUCAGAGAUCAUGCUUUCACGGGUGAAGGAGGAACUUGCCCAUUAUCGUGCUUCCAUUGGAAAAAGUUCCUACAUAAACUUUGAUGAGGAACAACAAUUAAUGAACAAACUGAUAGAAACUGAGGAGGACAGGACGCGAAUAGCACAGAAGUUAUUGGGCUUAUGUACCAGUAUUUUGAAGGCAGCAGGAAUAACAAAACCAGUAUCCAAUAUAAGCCCUGUGGUGGCUGAAGAGGCACUUGAGCAGAUGAAAAACAGAAUCACUUCGCUAGAAAGAGAAUGCCAAGAUUUGACGUUUAAGAAUAGAAUUACCAAUGAAAGAAUUCGGUUGUCCGAGUUAAUGCCUCAAGCAUCGCCUUUAAGCAACUCAAGGACGAAUGAGAACUGUCAAACUACUCCAAGAAGGAGCCAAAGUUCUUUUCUUUCUGCUUUAGACAGGUAGCAGCACUAAGCUGUCUGAAAAAGAAGAAUGGAUAUUUUAGCUUUUUGCUAGCGAUCGUAACAACAGAUAGAAGUCAAGCUUGGAUGCGCUCAUUUAUCUGGUUUUCCAUUGGAGUUUCUGGUUCAGCUGUAUAUCAUACCGUUUCUCUCGAGCUGUAUAUCAAUUCUUUUUGUUGUUGUGCAGUAUUUACAUGUAAAUAACUAAAUAUAAUAUAUAAUUCAAUGAAAAUUGAUACUUGUUCA